AUGUAUACAUGUGGUUAUAACGUCAAGUCACUUUGAAUAACCAAGAUGAAGUUUUGUGACAUACAUAUUGGUGGACUUUUUCUCAUAACUUUAUCAACGUUUGUGAGUAGUGUACCUCUUCACAAAGCCAAUAAAAUAUCAAGACAUACUAGAGAGGCAGAAUCACUGAAGGAACAGCUUCAGAAAUUACGCCAAAUUUUACGAGAUGUUAAUGAUAAAGACGAACAGACAACUUUACCAACAACAACAAAUCACGAGUCCGUAGAUGAUAUAUUUAAUAAAAUAGUUGAUGAUUUAAAACAUGGUGAUAAAGCUGGUGUACUGCUUUUAGCUAAUGCAUUGAAAAAAUUAAGACGAGAACACGAGAAUGAAGAUGAUAGAAAUGGGGAUGGUGUUGGUGAUUAUUUGGGACAAAAUAACAAUGGGCAACAUGAAGAUCAACCAAUGGGUUCAGAUAAAAUCUUAGAUGUGUUAAGGAAACUGUAUAACAAGGAGAGAGAAAAGUCACUUAAAAAACACGAAUAUCAACCAACUACACUACCUACCACUACUACCACUGUUUCACAAGAUAAUACAGAUUUACGAAUAGAUGUAUUACAUGCUAUUGAGAAAAGAUUAUUAAGAGAUAUUGGUAUUGCUGUUAAUUAUGGUUUCACUCCACAAGAAAUCAUCAAGGAUUUACAAAAACAAGCUUCAAAGAGAAUUUCUCCCAGAAGUAUUAACAAUAAUUACAUGGAGAAAGACCUGAAAACAUUAAAAUCUGCAACAAAAGUGUAUCUUGAAGAUAAAUAAGUUCAGAAUGCGGUUUCCAUUGACAAUAUUUAGCUUAUUAAGAAACCAUAAGCUUUAUCUAAGUUCAUCCCUGUUAACAAAUUGUAUAUUCAUACGGACUUAGUGAUUACAAGAUCUUCUUUAUAAUAUUACUGCCAGUUGAGAAGAAAUACUCAAACUUAAAAGCUUAUAUAGAUAUAUGGUGUAUACAAUGCAGUUGCCUAGAAAAUAACCAUCAUCACGACAUUUUCCAAUUUUAUUCAAUUUGUAAAGGAAAUGAUAUACAUGUAUUAACCUUUGAUUAAUUUGAUGUUCUUAGAGUUUACAUCUUCGUAGUUGCAAUAAAUUUUUUCAAUUUUUAACGAGAGAGUCCCAAUGCAGUAUGUGAAUACAAUAUAUAUAUUUAGUAAUGGUCAGAAUAAUAUGCUUGUCUUAUGUUUCCAUGCCCAAUUUUUACAACAAAUCCAUUUAUUAUCCAUUAAUUUAUGAUUUCAUAUUUGGUUUUUGUAUAUUUUAAAAUCUGUCUAAAUAAAAAGAUAUCAAGAUUU